AAAAUUUUAUAUUUAUUAGGCUUCAGUAUGCAUGAUAUCUGCAGGAAGGUAGAAGUCAUUUUGCUAUGCAGAGAAAAUGGUAAAAGUGAUAUUGUAGAUGCAGUGAGAAGAUAUUCGGUAGAAAAAGAAUCAAAGUUAAAAUUUUGUAAUUAUUUGAAAGGAAAUGCAGACUUUCCUGAUCCAGAUUUGAUAUUACAAUAUGGUCCAUGUCGAUCUGUGAUGGGUUAUUUGCCAUGGCAUAUUCGUUUGACAGAAAUGACUUUUUCAAGAACCCAUCAUCAAAUAGAUUUAUCAGACUUUUUUAAUAGUCUGGUUAGGUAUAAUAAAUGUGAACAACGUUUUGGUAAAUAAAAUUUACAAAUCUGUAUUUUUAUGAUUUUGUUCAUAAUUAUCAUAUUUGGAAAUCAUAUCAUAUGUGACUGACAAAAAUGAAAUAUUGAAUUUGUGAAUUGUAUGUUUUCAUAAACACACAAUGCUGUAUUAAAAUAAACAAUGUU